AUGGAUAGCGGGUCAAACACCUUCGCCGUUCCUAGCGGCGCUGUCAUAAAACUGAUUUUGAAACUGGCGGCUAGUUAUUUUCCUAUCGAGUGCGACGAGGCGUGGGAAAUGUAUAAAAAGGCAGUUGCUUGCUUUUGGACACCUGAGGAAAUUAACCUCUCGCAUGACACACGACAGUGGCCAAUGCUCAGCCAGUUUGAAAGAGAUAUCUUGGGAAACGUUCUGGCUUUUUUUGCUGCCAGUGACGGCAUAGUCAUGGAAAACCUUGCAGAGAAUUUCCUAUGUGAAGUUCAAUUGCCGGAAGUCAGGGCGUUUUAUGCUUAUCAGAUUUUCAUUGAAAACGUUCACAGCGAAACGUAUUCUCUGCUUAUUAAUACGUAUUUCCAGGAUUCCGAAGAAAAACAGAGGUUACUGCAAGCAAUCAUUAAUAAUAGCAAUGUUAUGGAAAAAGCAGAGUGGGCAGCGCAGUACAUACGCGAUAAAGAGCGUUCUUUUGGCGAAAGGCUAAUUGCCUUCGCCUGUGUCGAGAUGAUAUUUUUCUGUGGGGCUUUUGCAGUUAUUUUUUGGUUCAAGGGGCGAGGCAUUUUACCUGGUUUGACAUAUAGUAAUGAGCUGAUAGCCCGCGACGAAUCUCAGCACGUUGAAUUUGCUUGUUGGUUAUAUCUGGGAUUAGUAAAAUUUAAAAUCCCACCUGAAGUCAUUUAUGAACUAGUGUUAGAAGCUGUAGAAAUUGAGUGUAGGUUUUGGGAGAAUGCGUUCACACAUCCUCUGCGGGGCCUUAACGAAGCCUCCAUGAAAACCUAUGUUAUGUUUGUCGCUGACGUCCUGCUGAAAAUGCUGGAAAUGGAGCCGUACUUUAAAGUGGAAAAUCCUUUGCCCUACAUGGAAACUAUCUCGCUAGAGGGAAAAACCAAUUUUUUUGAAAGACGCGUCUCCGAAUACCGCAAGGCUCAUGUUGGCCAGGGUGCCGAAGUUAUGAAAGAAUUUACAACUGAAGCAACGUUCUAA